GUUCCAUUUGCGAUGAGCGCGGCAGUCCGAUCGGUAUGUCUGGUUCCGUCAGGGCUGCUCAAUUUUGAAGGCAAAAUCAUGCCCAAUGCGCACACAUUCGCCGACGACGUCGACACUGUCGGCGGCGACCGCGAGUUGAUUGUGGGUUCCAUGUCGGGCAAACUGGCGAUAUUCAAGGGUCUGUCGUCGUGCGACAGCGCAUGCACGUACACUGUGGACGGCUGCAUCACGUCCAUCGUCACACAACCGAUUGCGGCAUCGAUGGCCCAUCCUUCCCCUGACGACGAACCCCCGACGACAACUUCCCCAGCUACCGUCUCGUCCGUGAUGUCUCUGUUGAUUCUCGUCAUGACCGCGGAAGGCACGUGCUUUGUCUUGCGCCGCGCCGUCGAGUCAAGUCUCGGCACCCUGACGUUGCACAUGCACACGCAAUUUGCCAUCCCGUUGAACGUGAGCGCAGCCGCCAUGUUGGGUCCGUCGCUGCUUGUGCUGGGUACUCGGGACUCGACUGUUCAUUUCGUGGACAUUUCAAACGUGGAGGCUGCCAAGGAAGUCCACACACACCACCUUCCUGGCGAAGUGGAAUCGUUCCUUCCAAGCCAGCACAACUCCGUCGACACUGUCCAAGACAACAAUCGCUCGUCCUCACCUGAUAUGUCAUCCCCUGACGAUCCAGACAUCGAACACUCGCUGCUCGUCUGUUUGCACACGGGGGAUGUCCUCCAUGUAACCCCCUCGUCGUCGAUGGUGCUCGAGCAUGGCGACAGUUUGCAGUGCGGUCGCGCGUACGUGCUGAGUGGGGUCAAAGCCAAAGACGUGGCGUCCUCGUGCGAUGCGUUCGGGUACUUUGACGGCCACGUCAAGCUCAAAGAUGCUGGCACGGGCCAGCUCCGGUGGAGUAUUCAGCUGCCCGAUGCGUUGCUGACCAUGGCGACAAUCAACUUGUUUCAAGAUGGAGACGAAGAAGUGAUGCUGUGUUGCUGGAAUGGAGACGUGUUUAUUGUCAACACGGCCGGGUCGCAGCUCAAGUUUACGAUUCCGUUUAGCAUUUCCGCCUUCUUUUCAGGGUCGUUUGUGUCGGCGACCGACAGGGGCGGCGGCGACGUCUUGUUUUGCGCGACAACGUCGGGCGGGAUUCUGUAUUACGUUGGGAUGGGCCAGUCCAUUCGACACAUUCGGCACGACAGUGUGAUGGACGAGAUCAAGCACUCGUCGUUGUAUGCGCUUAUUGACACCCCAUCGAAACGCCGAGCGGUCCUCGCGACCCUGCAGCGACGGUGGCAACAACCCCAUGCCGCUGCGUUUGACUCCACCGACGCGCCGACGCUGCAACAGUGCAUUCGCGCAUGUGUGUACGCGUCCAACUCGAUCUUUUCUGCGCCCCCCCCUCUUCCUACCACCCCCCCCCUUCCUGCCGACCCCCCCGUGGACGGUGGCGCCGACAUAAUUACCACCCACAACGAACACCAUAACGUGGACGAAAGCAAGGCAGACCACUAUCAUGUGACGGAGCAAGGGAACGAGAGCGACUACUUGCAAGAACCUUCUAUGGACGUCCAAACAGUGCCAAUCACUCAUACGAUCCCGUCGUCGACAGAGGUUGUUGACGGUGAAGACCAACCAAAGCAAGAGGUGGUUGCGAUGAUCGACGUAGUUGUGACCCCACCCAGCAACGCUCCAAAUGACAACAUCACCCCCACCCUCAGCGAUGCAGAUUACUCCGAGGAGAACGCACCCCCCUCCGUGGUUGCUUCGACGAUUGGCGACGUUGUCGUUGCCCCAGCCGCACCACCGUCCUCUCCGCUACACUCGACCAACGUGCCACACUUAAGGACCUUUGACGGAGGAGCCGACGAGGCUGCCGUGACGGACACGCCGGCGGCGAGCAGUUCGCCAGGGCCGACGAGUCGCCGCCGUCGCAAGAACAGCGACGCUUGACACGCAACUUGAUACUAGUAUGCGUUAGUCAAAUUAAAGUGUUAAUAUAUGGUGUCGGCCAACGUCACAACGUCUUGGACGGUCUUGGGGGCUUGCAUGAGUAGGCGGCACACAAACUGCUUGGUCAAGUCGAGCGGCGACGGCUGAAAGCUGCGAUCGCGGGUACUAGUACUACUAGUACUAGUGCUACUAGCUCCCUUGCCUUGUUGGCGCCAAAACGUAUGGUGGGCGUGAAACGCAACGGAAAACAGUUCGUACCACCCGAUAGGGUCUUCAAACACUUUCCAGUACACUUCGUCGCGUUCGAGGAACCGCCCCGAGUCCAAAUCUAGCACCUCCACCAGGAUCGACACGACCUGCAGCCCCUCUGUCGCAUACGCGUACCCGCCGCGUCGCAUCUCGUCCGACGCACUGCGGUGGACGUCCGUGAAGAACGCCAGCGCAUGCAACGCCAGCACCCCGUGUGCCUUGAAGGUAGCGCCGGGGUCGUCGGACGGAAACCCCCCUUCGUCCACCCACACAGGCGACGUCCUCGCGAACGGCCGACCAGAGUCGCCAACGACCGCGCCCCACAACCGCCGGAUCUGGUCCAUGUGGUCGCGGUUCGAGUCGGAAAAAGGCGUGCGGGACAGCGCCGAGGCCGCGGCCAAGUUUUGCAACGCCGCUGCAGUCGGCUUCUCGGCGCCGGAUUGAGAGCCAAAGUACCGCCCCGCCGUGAACUCGACGGUUUCCCACACCUUGGCGGUGGUUUUGUUGAGGUGGUGCUUGGUGUUCUUCCACAGCGCGUUGAGUUGCGGGGCGGCGGAAGAUGAUUGCUGCUGAGGUUGCUUGUUGGAGCCCUUGGACGAGCGUUCGUGGUCGCCAGAGCACGCGCUGUCGUCAUAGGACUCGCGAAAACUCCGCUGGAACGACUCGAGCUCGUUGGUGUUGUCCACCUGCGAGCUAUAUACCGGGUACUCUUCUGGCGUCGACGACACUUGCAGUACCUUCAAUAGCGCGUCGAUUGGAAUGACUGUAGACUCAUCCACAAGGUCACGCCAUACGUAGUUGCCGCCGGACGUGACUUCCUGGAGGCGGAAGUGGAAGCGGCCUUCAAACGGGAAAUGGCUGCGCACGACUUGGAGGGUCGGGGCCGGCUCCACUGGGAGCAAGACGCUGAACGGCUCGUCGUCUUCGGCGCCACAGAACACGAAGCGGCAUUGACGCAUCUCAAACGUUGUCCCACCCAUGCCAACAGCAGAGUCCAAGGCCG